AUGGUUCAAAGCCCAAAGAAGCUUGAAUACUCCACUAAGCGGACCAAUUCUACAAACAUAGGCAAAAGGCUUUGCAAAAAGGUUGGGCAAAAAAACUUCACCUGCUCUACAGCUUGGAUUCAACGAUUUCAACUAAGACAUAACAUAGUUAGUGCAAGGGUAAGUGGUGAAUGUGGUAGUGUUUCUGCAGGAGUUGUGGAUGAUUGGCCAAAGGAACGAGAGGGUUAUACAGAUAAUCAAAUAUUCAACAUUGACGAAACACGUUUAUUCUACAAAAUGACACCUAAUAGAACAUUGAAAUUCAAGGGCGAAAAAUGCGUUGGAGGUAAAAUGUCAAAGGAACGAAUAACGGUUUUAGUAGGAGGUAAUAUGACCGGAACUGUUCAACACAAGUUGUUGGUUAUUGGAAAAGCAAAAAACACGUGGUGCUUUAAAAAUAUCAAGAAACUUCCAUCAUUAUAUGAGUCCAAUAAACGAGCCUGGAUGACAUCAGGGAUAUUCGAAAAAGAUUUAAGGAAUUGGGAUAGACAGUUGGGAAAACAAAAGGAAACAAUUCUGUUGUUAGUAGACAAUUGUCCCCAACAUCCAAAUAUUGAUGGUCUUACUUCUAUGAAGCUUGUAUUUUUGCCACCUAAUACUACAUCUGUGCUACAACCAAUGGAUCAGGGUACAAUCAGAUCACUUAAAGAACACUACAGAAAGGUUCAAGUACUAAACAUCAUUCGUAACAUCGAGAUCGAGAAACAAGAUGGAUCACAUGUAAUGAAUUUCGUUAAUGUGAACAACAACAUUGUGACUGCCGAGUUUAUAACCGACGAACAAAUUAUUGAUUCUGUUCAAAAUGAAAAUGUAGACAGUGAUAAAAAUGAAGAAGAAAUUGAAAUUCAAAUUCAAGGGAAAAUUGAAGAUGCACUUCAGGCUGCCAAUACCUUGAAAUCGUUUGUUUCGUUGACUGAUAGUUUUGACCGAGGUUAUGAAGAAUUUUCGACCAAAAUAGAGAUGAAAAUAGAAGAAGUGUUCGUAAAAAAAUGUCGACAGCAAAAAAUCGCAGAUUUCUUGUAA